CGACGGAGAACAAAUGUCGGAGUCGGAGUCGGAGCAACGAACGGUUAACAUUGCUCCUCCCGGCUCCCGCCAUGUAUAAACUACCUGCAGAGCUCCCUUUGGGUCUCACUGCCGUCAUUCUCCCAUCGUCUUCCUCGAGCGGCGAGAGAGAGAGAGAAAAGAAAAGACCGUCCGAUCUUUUCUCCCUCUCUCUCUCUUGCCACCGCCUCGUUCAUUUUUUCACGCAGUGAGAUGGGAGGAUGUGCGAGCAGGCCUAAGGUUUUGAGGGACGACAUCGACGCCCCGAUCCCACUGCCGCCGCCGGUGGUGGUGGAGGAGGAGGUCACCAAGGACGUGGUGGUGGUGGAAGAAGCCCCCGCCGCCGCCGUCGAGGGGGCGUCCCAAUUUGAAGAUGUCGAUGAUGUUAACGACAUCCCUUCUGUGACUGAUCACCUGUCCACUCAGGAUGAAGAGCAGAGCUUAGAAGAGGUAAAGGAGGAAAUUUUUGAAACCAAGCAAGCUUCUGAGCCAUCCAAAUCCAAGCCCCAAGAACAUGAAACCCCAAUAGAAGAGCAGGAGGCACUGGAUCUCAUUGUUCUUUAUGCAUCUGCAGAACCCGAGCCAGAAGAGACAGAAACAUGCAUGGAGAAGACAAUAGAGGAGGUUAAGGAAGUAACAGAGGUUACUAGGAUGGAUGACAGAACUCCUGAGUGGAAAACAGAAGAGGAUUUGGACAUUGCAGAGGAUGAUGUCCCAAAACCUGAAAUUGAAGCAGAAGCAGAAGCAGAAGAGGGUUCAGAGUUUGGAUUGGAUCAUUCCUCAGAACCUGAGAACAGAGAAGAAGAAACUGCAACUGCUCCAACAACCAAGGGAUCAAAGAAGGCAAAAAAACAGUACUGGCAAAUUGGUACACUUCUCAGUCUUGGUAAAGCCAAAUGAGAGUAUACAACCAAGUGGAAUUCUCCUUCUUGUAUCAAUGGCUGAACUCAUUCCCUAGAAUGUCAUUUUAUAUGAUAUUCCUAGGUGCCCACCAACAUUUUGUCACCAGUACCAAUUUUGAAAGUGAAAUGGGAAGUUAUUGGAACUGUUUUCUUGAA